AUGUCCAGUUCAUUACUACAGAAGACUCUUAAACUGGACGAGGAUGGUGAGAUUUUUUAUACUUUUUGACCUGCUUGUACGAUUUAGGAGAAUCAUGGCUCUUUUGUUUUCAGAAAACAAUCUCAGGUUCAAGUUGAAUUCCCGACAAAAGCGUCAUAAUGUUGUCGAGCAAGAAAAGGAGAUGCUGAAGGCUAAUGGUGAUCUUUACACGUUGGAUUUGGAUAGCGGUGAGCUGAAGAAAAAAUCCAUCAAAGGCAGAAUAUCCGCUAGGAAGAUUAAGGACGAGAAAAUGAGUGUUGCCCUUGCAAAACAGGUGGGAGCUUUUAUUUUUUCUUGGGUUCUGAUUUUAGGAGCGCUGAGGGUUGUUUUGAAGAGUCUGGAAUUGAUUUGUGAAGGUUUACAUUACACUUGAUACCAAAUCCAAAAAUUUUCGAUAUUUUUGUUAGUUGUAUGGAUAAAACUGAUGUUUUUGGCCUUGAUUAGAAAGUUUACAGUAGGAGACAACUAUUUCAUAGCAUUUUCUUGGUAUUUAUCUACUUUUUUGACUCGAAUAACGUGUUUUUAUUUAGUGAAGUCCUAUCUAGUGAAAUAAAUUCUUGCCGACUUGUCUGACGAUUUUAUUUCAGGGCUUUUCUUUGGUCGACCAAUACAGAAGGAACAAGCCGAAGGACAUUGAGGCCCGGAAUCGAAGGUAUCUCGAAUUCGUUGAACAAGCGCAGAUCAACGAUGGGAUUCUGAGUCGGAUCACAGAAAAAGAGAGAAUCCAAAGUCUAGAGAAGAAAGCCAGAAUUGAGAAGCGAAAAGAUUUGAGGAGUAAGUUGUACGAUAACCUUUUUAUAAGUUUCUUGAAUUUUAGAAGUAAUUUUACCUAAAAAUUAUAUUAUUUUAGGUAUUGUGAGACGUGAUCGAGUGAAAAAAUCCAAGCAAGAUAGCAAAUCGAUCUUUUCGGAUGCCGACUUCGAUCAACUUGGUGGGUCUGCAGGUAGUCUUCUCGACAAUUUUAAACGAAUCAAAUAA